UGUAUCCCUCUCUGUUUAAUCCAAACCAAUCACAAUCUAUAUAAAAAAAAAAAAAUCAUUUAAAAACCACAAAUGAUAGUUCAGUACUACUAAGCUUUUUUCUGUGCAACAAUGGCGAUUCAGGAGAAUACGAUGAUGAAGAGUGGUGACCUUGAAGCCGGUGAAAAUGGCCGAUUGUAUCCCUCCAUGACUGAGAAUCCACAGCUUCGGUGGUCCUUCAUUCGAAAGGUUUAUUCCAUUCUCGCGAUCCAGUUACUUCUCACCGUCGCCAUCGCCGCCAUCGCUGUCUUCGUUCACACCAUCCCCAAGUUCAUGCUUCACACCACUCUCGGCAUCGUUCUCUACGUUCUCACUCUCAUCGUCCCCUUCAUCAUACUGUGCCCAUUGUAUGCGUACCACAAGCAACACCCGGUGAACUUGAUUCUUCUGAUGAUGUUUACGAUUGCUAUCGCAUUCGCUGUGGGAUUGUCAUGCUCGUUUUCCAAGGGAAGAAUCGUUUUGCUGGCUGGGAUUCUAACAAGUGUUGUGGUUGUUACCUUGACACUAUACACAUUCUGGGCUGCAAAGAAAGGCUAUGACUUUAGCUUCUUGGGACCUUUUCUUAUCACUUCCCUCAUGGUGCUCAUUGUUUUUGGUCUCAUUCAGAUCUUCAUCCCUCUAGGAAAAUUGGGGUCAACAAUAUAUGGAGGCAUUGGAGCAAUCAUAUUUUCUGGUUUUAUCAUAUAUGACACCGACAACCUGAUCAAGCGCUUCAACUAUGAUGAGUACAUCUGGGCUGCAGUCUGCCUUUAUCUGGACAUUAUCAAUCUCUUCCUUGCUUUGCUUGAUGCCCUCGGUGGCGGUAGUGGUGGCAGCAGCCGUAGUACUGACAACUAGAGGCUCUGCUCAUAUUACUGACCUUCCUCUCGCUUAGCUUACCAUGUUCAAGUGCUGAUUAACAACCUUGAAAUUUCAUUUCCUACUAAUGAAGUAUAUGGUUACACAGAUGCAAAUUUUCCUCAAUUAACAGGAUGGUCUAGCAUGUAAAUGGCGACUUGCUGAUAUUGAUUUUUUGAACUGGUAGCUUCAUGUUCAGGGUAUCCAGAUACUGCAAAAGUUUAAAUGGAUGAACACACUUGGUGUUAUAGGUGCUUUUAAUCCUCUCUCUUGUCAAUUGAUCUUAUUGUUUUUUGUGGACUAAUGUCUCCCAUAAUUCCACGAAUUUAUAAAAG